AGUUGAACAAAUAACAUGUCGGUAAACAUGAUUUGUUUGAAGGUUCUUAGUCAAUUAAACGUCAAUAAAUAUUCUUUCCGUUCUCAAAAGUAAAAUUUUCUAAAAUUUAUUUUUGUUUCAUAAAAAAAAAUUUAUAUAUUGUUAAAGUACUUUUGUAUAAUUUUAAGAACAUUAAUUGUAAAUAUUUGAACAGAUUAAAUUCUAUUAAUGUAUUGUUAUUGGAAAGUAUAUUAAAAAUAAAUUUUAAAUUAAAUUGUAAAACAUUUAUUAUAUUCUUAAGUGAAAACUCCCGAAAAUUUUACUUUCAGAACGGAUGGAGUAGAUUUUUCAGAAUUAGUCAGGUAUCGAAUAAUAUAUUGCUUGGUGAUGGAUUGUGUAAGAUUGGGGGGUCUAGUGAUGAAAAUUAAAGUUUGGGAGGUUUGAGUGUGGGAUUGAAAAGUAGGAAGAAGACUAGUGAAGUCAAGGCAAAGCAAAAUUAAAGUUACCGAGAAAGAGAGAGAGUCACGGCAGAAUUGGUGUGGUUAUAAAAGGAGAAAAGCCAGUAAGAGACGUCAAUAAUUCAGUUACAGUCUAAAGUUUAGAAGGAGUGAAUGUAUAGAUUAGGUUAAAAUUAAUGAGAAGUGGGUAAGUAGUUAACUUCGUUAAAUGAGUUGCUUUCACUUAUAAAUGGCAACGCACCCUCUUUUGGGCUUUGGCUUCGGUUGUUGUGUUUCAUUUAUUUCUUUGUUAUAUCCAUUGCCUAUGCUCACUUUACUUACGUUUAUAAUCAACUAUCUCGCUAAAGGGGGUUACGUUUAAGUUCUGUCCACGUACUUCAUUAAAUUUUUGGUUUUUAAGAUUCGUUCAAUAAAGAAAACUUGAAGGAGAUGAUAGUGGAGAUACAAUAAUAGUGUUUUGCUUUGCCGAAGGCAAGAUUUUUUUCAUUAUAAAAAACGAAGAGACAGUAUAAUUGAUGCUCAGUUAGGGCGACUUGGUCAUAAUACUGGGAGUGCUAGAAAAGUUGCUAGUAUUGAUGUAAAUCAAUAUUAUAAUCGAUGUUUUGAGUAUGAUAUAUACAAUAUGGAUUUGGAUUUAUUUUGUUGUCGCACGACUCGCACCAUAUCGUCAAAUGCUCGUACAAAAACUUAAGUUCCAAAUUGUCUUCGUAAGUUUUAUGUCUAAAAAGAAGAAUCGCAGGAAGAGCGGUCAUCGCUAGACCGGAUGACACUAGCACUCUUAACUCUCAGAGGUGGCCCUUGAGUUUAUUUGCUUUUGGUAUUAUUUAGUUUUUCUAAAAAUUGUCGUGUUUAUUUGGUAGAUUGCUUUGAUAUAAAUUUACGAAAUAUUUGGAGAAUGGGCUAUAGGAGAGUGAACUGUUAACUUGGGGGAAAAGAUAUGAGAUGGCGCCAAGCGGCAGUGUGUGAUUUUCGAUUUCUAUCACAUGACUUUCUCUCGGAUUGCUCGUGACAAGAUCGCUUUCUAUCAAGCCCAACAAAUAUCGACCACCAACGUGAAAUCGACAUAAUAGCUAAAAUUCUUAAAUUAUCUACUAAGUGACUAAAAAAUUAUAGGUUCGAAGAAUUUCGUUCAAAGAAUACUGAUAUAUAUACAUAGACUUAAUUAACAUCAAAAAGUAUGUGAAACAAAAUUAUCUAUCUAGUCUUCAAGAAAUAGUAUCUAUCCGAGCAAUAUUUCAAAGAUUACACGAUAAGAAAGCCAUACCGUUGGGUGGUGUCCUUAAUUAUCUAUUUUUAUAAAUCUUGGGAGGCAAAUGUAUUUCAUAAAUCUUUUAAUUUAAAAUUUAUUUAUGGUGUCUUGUCUAAAAGUACUGAUAAAUCUGUUUAAAAUCUCUAAUUUUCGUGUUUAUCAUUCCAUCCAGAGUUCUGGAUUCGUUUAAUACACGUUUGUAAGUUAGAACCACAAAUUUCUUAGUAAAAAGAAACAAAAGAUCGAGUCACACCAAGUGUAUCACAAUAAAAACAAAAAACAUGAUCUUAUGUUUGUCUACUAGACUAAGUGAUGGUCGCUGUAUACAUAUUCUUCAAAUAUAGUCCAUAUAACAAAUGCAUAGUACUUUCAGUUGCCACAGAAGAAAAAAAAAAGACAGUAAAAGAGGAAUCUUAUCCAAUUGAUAAUAGUCUAAUGGUUGGAAUUUUUUCGAUUACUAUUCUUUAACAUGAUUUCAGUUUUUUCUUUCAUUGUAUUUUUGUUCAUUUUUCAACACUUAUAAAUGUUUUCGAGAGGCAAGAAAUUCACUUUUGCGAGCUUCAGAAAAUUAAUUACAUAAAAUUUUGAUUUUGGAUCUUAUCAAUUAUAAGAAAAAAGAGAUUUCAGACUUUGCUCAGUCUCGUUCUAGUCAAAACCAAGAAGAAAGAAAAAAUAAAGGUUGUUUGCUACAUGAGAAAUAGGAAGCAAAACUUGCACCACCUAUAUAGUAAGAAACAUGAUUUGAAGCAACUGUUUUUCUUCUUUUAAUAAAAUUUAAUAAUUUGUUUUAGCCACCCUUUGAUUUAUAUUUGGUUGGAUAUGCCAAAAAAACGAUCAUGUCUAAUGUACUGAACUUCUUUUUUUGCCAAAGGCCAAGAACGGAAAAAUUAAUAUUCACACUAAAACCGAAAAUAUAAAUCUCAUAACCCAAUUAUAACCUCAUAAACCGAUAAUAUACGUGGAAUGAAAGUAAACCAUAUAUAAUAAUCUAAUAUAAUCUACAUUGCUCUUCUAUUAAUUCUUGUUACCGUCAACUAACAAUAAUUUUAUCAGUUACUAGUUCAACUUCAUUUACGCCACGAUGUUUCUGUAUGAUAUAUAGGGUUCAAUAAAAAACAUAAAGCUCACUAUCUUUUACGUCUCUGGCGCUAUCUACUUGAAAGUCGAAAUGAUGCCAAGUAUCACAAUGAAUGGAGCCAUCGGAGUGGGAUGAUUUCCUUUUAGAAUUAUAGUAGUUAAACGUUCUUGAUCUUUACUGUUUUUCUUUGGUUAACCUCUUUAUUUUUGCAGUCGAAUGUCACUAUAAGAGAGUUAUGAUAAGAAAGAACAUGCAUGGUAUAAGUUUAAUUGUUGAUGGAAAUAUACAACGUUGAAUAUUAGAAAUGUAUAAAAUUCUUAGUUCUUUAUCGACGUAAACCUAAUGGCACUGAAUGUAAGUUAAUUAGCUUGUGAAUUUACGUACGUAUUAAGUUUAAAUUUUUUAAUGUAAGUUAACUGAACUCGGAUUAAAUCCCUUCAAAUUGGUCAUUUUUUUUAUUUCAUUCCGCAGUUAACCAAUACAGGCUAGUUUACAUGACCAAUUUAACUUCAAAAGAAAAGGAUCAGAUUUGGAAGGUCCGCAUAGCCGUAUAUUCUGUGCAUAACACAAUCAUACUAAAUAAACCCAUCAAAUAUAGAUCUUUUUUAACUGAAAGGAGACAAGAAAACAAAUACAUCAAAUAUUUUCAACAAUAAUGGGAAGCUAGUCGGUCACACUCCACAAGUGGCCUUUGUUUUUGUGUUGUUUCGUUGAAGGGUCUCGAAUCAAUGGUGUGGAAUACUCUCUCCUUAUCUCCCUUCUCUCGCUCCAAUAUAACGAUGAACCCCUCACUUCCUUUUAAAUAUAAAACAAUCAUCAAGUUACAAUAAAACCGCACAAUAAAAGAAACAAAAAACUUCUAUAUAUACAGAGAGAUAAACAGUGAUGGAGAACUCAAAGGAUGAGACAGUGAAGAAUUGGGAGAAGAAGAAGAAGCCGUCUUCACCAAAACGAGUUGGAAAGUUUCUGAAAAAGAAAAGAGGAAGGUUCUACAUUAUUGGAAAAUGUAUUUAUAUGCUUCUUUGUUCGCACGAGUAAUCAUCAACUCGGAGAAUUAUAUAUGGAUGAUAAUGAAGGCAUGAAAAGUAGAUCAUAUAGCUCAAAUAAGAAAUUUAUUGUUUCCGUUGUCUUUCUCUCAGCUUUAUGCGGGUCAUGUGUUGUUGUUGUUGUUGUUAUAUGGAGUAUAUUGUUGUUAUAUAUAUUACUCAAUAUUUUUCUUGCCAACUAUACAUAUGUGCCCCAAUAUAUUUUUCCUGUCAACGUAUGGCUCAUUUUAUUUUGAUCAUAUUGGGUAGUUUGUUUUCUUAAAAGGGUACGUAGUUAAGUUCAAAAAAAAAAAAAGUACGUAGUUUCUAUAUAUAGAUCAUGCGACGUUAUGCUAAUUGUAGUACAAAAUAAGUUGAUAGUAUUUUUUGACGUCUAAAUUUUUACAUAACUAAGAAGGGAUUUUAGAGAAUGAAACAUUAAUACUGAGUUUUGGUCUAGUUUUGAUAAACUUAGCGGGUCUUCAUCAGACUUUUAGUCUCUCUACCGUUUGUGUAACUCUAGACUGGUUUACUUGAUGGGUCAAACUAGAAUUAAUAAUGCUUAGCCUAUAAGCUAACAUUUGGUUUAUCUUGAUGUGUUUGGCUUUUGUUACAAACAAAAUUGAAACAAAAAUAUACCUAGCUAGUUUUCUCUCAGUAUCGUGUGAAUUUUUUAUGCCAAAACCGAGAAAGUCACGUUCAGUCGGAUAGAGUAAGUAUUUGACCUGCUCAGAAUCAUGGAUUUAUUUUUUAACAAACAUCUCCCACCACACGUAUCAUGGUGUCAUCAAUUUGCAUAUAGCGGAAUUCCAAAUGUAAUUUGUUUAUAACCAAAACGAAUGCAUUUGAAAUCAUAGCUCUGAAUGUGAUGUUGGCAUAUAAUCCCAACAUGGCAUUUAAUAAUAAUACCCAGUGAAAUACUAAUAUAAGUGAAGUUGUUACUUUUUUGUUUGUAACUGCAAAAAUACUAUAAUACCACCAUGAAAAGAGCAAAAGAAAAAGCUUUAAGCAAAUAGAAACAAGAAUAUUUUAUUUAAAAGAGAUGACCAAAUGAUAUGCUUAUAAGUUAUAACUAGAUUUUGACCCGCGCUUUUUCAAGCGCGGGUUUUUUAGAUUAUAUUAUAAUACAAAGUUUUAUUAUAUCGAAAAUAUAAUUUUUAACAGUUAUAUAAUAUAUGAAUUAGUUUAUUUGAUAUUUUAUAUGUACACUUUUACGUAAAUUUCUUUUACGCAUGAGAAUUAUAUCCGGAUCAAAAAAAAACCGAACCGACCCAAAAAUAUAGGUUUAGUUCAGGUCGAGAGAAGAUAACCUAUUUGGAGUUUUUUGGACCCGCAUGUCUUUGUUUGAGUCCGAGUCUUGCCCUAGACCCGAUCAUAAAUAUGUUGUGUUUAUUAGGUAUAUUUGGAUAUUUCGAAUAUGUUUCCAGCAUUAUGGAUAUUUUUUUUAGAUUUUUGGUUUACGAUUAUAGUUUUUGAUUUCAGGUAAAUUUUCAAAGUAAAAAAAAUUUGGGUGUUUGGAUACAAUUUUGGAUAUUUUCAG